AUGUGCACAUUGAGCGGUUACACCACUGAUGACAUCGUCGACAUUCUGGUGAGCCAAGCAGUGGAUCGGCCUACGUUCACCGAGGCCAGAGUCACUCGAGGUUAUCUCUUCUCGGCCAUGAUGAAGUUACUCAGUCAGGAGCAACAGCAAACUGCCUCGACGCCCUCUGUGGACACAGUGCGGCGAGCUCUACGGAAGUACAGUACCGACCCGGACAUGUACCAGAGGAGUCUCGAGUACCUCAGAAUUCUCGACGGCUCGCCGGACCUGCUGCCGUCGGCCUUCCCCUACGACGAGACCAACUACGAGCAAUCCGACUCCCUAAUCGACAUAUCUUUAUCAUUUCUCGACGGUGUGGUAGAUAGAGCUAUAAUGGAGGGGAUGAAAGA